AUUUCCACUUUUAAGGAACAUGCGCCAAGGAUGACCAAUAUCUACUCUGCUCUUUGUCUUUUGUUCAUCUUCUCAUCCUCUGGCAGAAACGGUAUAAAUGGAGCUCCCAGGUGAAAUCCAGAACCCACGUCCUCUGAGUGGUGUGUUUUGGAUCUGAAUGAUGGUGUUCUUAACGAUGUCCUCAGGGGCUCUGCUGCUGUUCCUGUUCAUACAGGCCACCACUGGUCAUAGCUCAGUUCGGUCAGAUGUCAAUGCCACCUUUCCAACACAGAAGUCGACACCACCGCUCACCCCCCCGCCCGGCGUCGCAGACAGUAUGUUUUCAACAAUGACAUCCGAUACAACAACAUCAGCAUUAGCCAAUAGUCAAGUCAGAUUGGUCAAUGGUCCUAACUCCUGCUCUGGUAGAGUGGAGGUCUACCACAGCGGUCACUGGGGGGCGGUGUGUGACGACUUGUGGGACUUGAGUGACGCCCAGGUGGUGUGUAGACAGCUGGGCUGUGGAAGAGCUCUGUCUGCACCACGUGAAGCCCACUUCGGACAGGGGAACGGGACAAUCUGGCUGGAUGACGUUAGAUGUACAGGCAGCGAGUCUAAUCUCAUAAGGUGCAGUCACAAUGGGUUUGGAUUACACAACUGUGGCCAUCACGAAGACGCUGGUGUCGUCUGCUCAGGUGGCAGCAACACCACAGCAGCACCACCGAUCUCCUGGAACACCACAACAGGAACAGCCCGACCAACCAACCAAACAACCACAUUGGCAGGGGCUAGGUCACGGUGGGUGGAGGUGGAACCAGAAGUGAUAUCAUAUCCUGGCCAGACGGUUAACCUGCGGUGUGCCUUCAUAGGAACGCAGGUCAUACAGCUCACACAGGUGUCCUGGAUUUUUGAGUCCAGGAAGGGCGAGAGGCUCAACAUAGCCACGUACCAUCCCAAUUUUGGGGUAAUGUACCCCACGUCACCCCUGAAGGGACGAGUUAGCUUCCCCACGCCCUCCCUCAGCAACCCUUCAAUCCAGAUCUCUGACAUCAGGAUGACUGAUGAAGGGAGAUAUAUCUGUGAAUACGCCACCUACCCCAGCGGCAACGAACAGGGCAUCACUUCCCUCGUUAUACUAGCUCUGUCAACAUCACCACCUUUCUACUGGAGCACCACAACAAUUACACCAGUGACAGCGUGGCAAGAUGCCCCGAUCAGAUUGAUCAACGGUCCUAACUCCUGCUCUGGGAGAGUGGAGGUCUACCACAGUGGUAGCUGGGGGACGGUGUGUGAUGACUCGUGGGACUUGAGUGACGCCCAGGUGGUGUGUAGACAGCUGGGCUGUGGGAGAGCUCUGUCUGCACCACACCAAGCCCACUUCGGACAGGGGAACGGGACAAUAUGGAUGGAUGAUGUUGGAUGUACAGGCAGCGAGUCUAAUCUCACAAGGUGCAGUCACAAUGGGUUUGGGAGACACAACUGUAAUCAUGGUGAAGACGCUGGUGUCGUCUGUUCAGAAUCAGAGCGUCCUUCCAACUCAGGCCCAGAGCUGGUGUGUGGUCGGCGUCUCCUAGAGGUGGGUCUCAGCCGGGCUGGUCUGGAGACUGCAGGUCUGAACGCGUUCUCUGCUCACCUGGCCGACCUCCGCUGCUCCUCCCACCAGGAAGCUAACGGCACAGUGUGGUUCCAGGUGGAGCGCAGGGAGGGCAGCUGUGGAAACACCUUGACGACCAACAGCAGCCAUGCCAUCUACUCCAACAGUUUAUUCAUCUACCAGGUGCACAAUGUCUCCUUCACCCGACCCGUGAGCAUACCUUUCUCCUGUGCUUAUCCGCUAGACACAGAGAGCAGCCUAGAUGUGGCCGUCGCACCCUACCUACCGGUGGAAGGUGGAGUUUCAGGUAUUGGCUCCAAGGCGUCAGCCUCCAUGUCUCUGUACCACAACUCCAACUACACAGAGCCUUACCCUGCGGGUCAGAGGGUCACUCUGCCACUGGGCUCUGUUCUGCAUGUGGGUGUGUCCGUCAACGAGACGGAGACGGAGCGAUUUGUGGUUGUCCUGGACAACUGCUACGCCACUCACUCCCCCAACCCUGAUGACCCUAUGAGAUAUUUCAUCAUUCAGAACAAGUAUUUAUGCUUCUUUAUAGUUAAUAGACUGAAAAAGGAAAAUCCCUUCAGAAAAUGUCCUAGUGAUCGUACCCAGGUGAGGGUGGAGGAGAGUGGCUCAUCACUCGAAGCGCGUUUCUCUGCACUGCUGUUUCUGUUCCAGGGAGACUACCGGGACGUUUUCCUGCACUGCAGCCUCAGCCUGUGUGACCAGAGGAGCUCCUCCUGCACUCCAUUGUGUUCCAGACGAAGGAGAUCCCGUUCCAUCUCCAGUUCCGUCCCCCUUAAUCCCGUCACCAUCGGUCCAAUCAGCUGGACUUGGAGUCUGGACUGAGCCUUGGGAGGUACUGCAGUGAGCCGUAUCUGUUUCAUUGUCCUUAUACUUUUGAAUGUACUUUUUCACAUAUCUCUCUGGUUGUGUUUUGUGACUAUUGAAUAUUGUCUUUGUGUUUCAUUGUUGCAGUAAGUAUCCAUACCCAGACAUUCAGCUGUCUUAGAGGUGUUUACCUUUUUCUGCAGCCUUAAAGGCCCAGUGCAGUCAAAACUCUGUUGUUCCGGACUCCCGGGUGGCGCAGUGGUCUAGGGCACUGCAUCACAGUGCUGGCUGUGCCACCAGAGACUCUGGGUUUGCGCCCAGGCUCUGUCGCAGCUGGCCGUGACUGGGAGGUCCGUGGGGCGACGCACAAUUGGCCUAGCGUCGUCCAGAUUAGGGAAGGUUUGGCCGGUAGGGAUGUCCUUGUCUCAUCGCGCACUAGCGACUCCUGUGGCGGGCCGGGUGCAAUGCAUGCUAACCAGGUCGCCAAGUGCACAGUGUUUCCUCCGACACGGCUGCGCUGUGUUAAGAAGCAGUGCGGCUUGGUUGGUUUGUGUUUCGGAGGAUGCAUCGCUGUCGACCUUCAUCUCUCCCGAGCCCGUACAGGAGUUGUAGCGAUGAGAUAAGACAGUAACUACUAACAAUUGGAUACAUGAAAAGGGGGUAAAAUUGUUGUUCCUCAUUUUUGUAUCACAUUGUAUGAAACUAACAGCUCAUGUAAAAGUAUGAAAAAUUGUAUCACUGUUAUUUCCUGAUAAUUAGUGGUUGAAAAUACAAUCUACACAGGACCUUCUAAUCAGCAGGUUUGCAUGGGUGGGAGUUUUGGCUCUCCAUUGUGACAUCACCAUGCGGUAAAUUGGUUAAUAGACAAAUAAGAGAAGAGAAUUCCAAACCUCUCUGUCAAUAAGUUAGUUUGAAGUUUUCCCAUCUCCACUCAGACCACUCCGACAGUCCUAGCAAAAUUGUUGCUUGAGAUAGUUUUUUGCUUAAAGCUGUUUUUUGCCCAUUUGAAUGGGGCUAUUAUAGUAAGUUGCUUAAUUGUUACCUAGAAAUGAUUUGAUAUUGAUAUAAAAUAUGAAAAUGGCUGCAUUGGUACUUUAAAACCACAGCCUUAAAUUUGGAUCAUUGCUUUGAAGCAGUUUUUAAAAAUUUGAUGGUGAUUUGAUAGAUGUGUAUCAUUCUAUUAUUUGUGUGAUAUAUUGAUUAUUAUAAACUGGGUGAUUCAAGCCCUAAAUGCUGAUUGGCUGAAAGCCGUAGUCUGUCAGACAAUAAACCACGGGUAUGAAAAAAGAUUACUUUUAACUCUUCUAAUUACGUUGGUAACCAGUUUAUAAUAGCAAUAAGACACCUUGAGGGUGUGUGGUACAUGGCCAAUAUACCACGGCUAAGGGGUGUAUCCAGACACUCCCUGUUGCAUAAGAACAGCCCUUAGCCAUGUUAUAUUGGCCGUAUACCAAACCCCCUCGGGGCUUAAUGCUUAAUUAAUGACAGUCUCUUUGGUUUGUUAAGGUGGGUUAAGGUGAUGAUUUUAUUUCAGGUUUAUUUUUUGACUUAAUUGAACUUUUAAUAAUUGAUUUAUUUGAACCUUCAUUUUGAACCAGACUAUUGACUUUGAUUUUGAGUGAACAUUGAAAAACAUUCUGUAAAACUGACUUAAUGCAAAUAAAAUAAUGAUCUUAAUCCCUGGCCAUUGUACCUGUUUAAGUGACUGUUGAGAACUGAAAUUGAAGGGGAGAAUGUAAUUAAAGCUUGUGUGUAAUUGGGGCACAGCUAAUAAAUGGGGUUAAAACAUGUA